UAUACACGAAUGCAAAAUUUGAUUGACGAACAAAUAAUUUAAGAUUAAUUAAUUAUUCAAGCCGUUCACAAAAAUAUAGACGAAACGAUAAUAAUUUUGCAUCUAAUCGUUAAUUUAAUUGAUUAAACAUAUGUCGAUAAUAUUCGUCAUAUAGAUGCAAACUUUUUUUAGGUUAAUUUAAGACAAAAAAUUACUCUCCCAAAUUAUUCGAAAAUUUUUAAAAAUGCCACCUGUUAGUAACUUAAAAAUUGCUGUAAUUUGCUCUAGCAAUAUGAAUCGUAGCAUGGAAGCCCAUGCAUUUUUAGCCAAAAAGGGGUUUAUCGUAAAUUCAUUUGGGACCGGCGAUAAAGUAAAAUUACCAGGUACUGCGUUAGACAAACCAAAUAUUUACGAAUUUGGUACGACUUACGAGGAAAUAUAUACUGAUCUUAUGACAAAAGACAAAAGCUUUUAUACUCAAAAUGGUUUAUUACAUAUGUUGGAUAGAAACAAACGUAUAAAACCAUGCCCAGAACGAUUUCAGCAAUCAAAAGAAAAGUUUGAUAUAAUCGUAACGUGUGAAGAGCGUGUUUACGAUCAAGUUUUAGAAUAUAUGGAAAAUCGAGAACAAACAGAUAACGCUUCUGUCCAUGUAAUAAAUAUAGAUAUUCAAGAUAACCAUGAAGAAGCUACAUUAGGCGCGUUUUUAAUAAGUGAUAUGUGUGUAAUGAUGGCGAAAAGUGAAGAUUUAGAUAACGAUAUCGAUGAAUUAUUACAUAACUACGAAACGAAGUGCCAACGUCCAAUUUUACAUUGUGUUUUAUUUUAUUAGAAUGGUCCAGUCCAAUUCAGAUAAAAGCUUCGAUUGAGAUAUUAUGUCUUUACUGUAUAUUAUUCAUCUAUGUUGGCCUUACUCAUUUCUUAAGUUAUGGAUGGCACAUUUUUUAUAUUAAAUUAA